GUUGCUCCAAUAUGGCUCCUUCUCGUUGUGGGCCGAGAUCACCGCUUUGUGUGACGGACACAUAGAGGAGGCACACAGACUCCGAGGCGGAAGGGAGUCCCGCGCUACAUCCUGUUGGUACACUUCAAUCCUAAUCUGUGUUUUCACCCAUAUACAGUCUAUGGUUUUCACACAUUUUCCCAUGGCAAGAAAACACUAUAAAAUUCGAAUUAUUCUAGUUCAUCUUCACCAUUAACGCCCCACGUUUCGCCCUCAAGCAGAAUACAUAAUUUAAUAACAGGGACCCACUUUGCUAACAUCUCAAGAUUGUCCCACUUCCUGACCCGUACUUGUAAAUCCCGGAAGUGCCAUUGUUUACGGAAUCAAGAGGAAACGUCAAAGCUCAUCAGUGUGCGACGAUAGAUCAAAGCGAAACCAUCCGGGUUAUUUGUGCUAAAAGACAAACGCUACAGCGGACACAGACUCUACUCGUGCCAAAUAUGGCAGGUUAAUGUUUUCAUGUAGUGCGUUUCAGGAGGUGUUCGAAUCUAAUAUAGCACAGCAGGCUAGUUAGCUAACAUGGUCAUCUCCAACGACUCAGCCGUUUGGUAAAAUUCGCUAAAAACCUCCAUAGGGUAAAUGCAGACAGUCGAAUAUCGUUUUAAACACUGACAGGUUUGCGUUAAGUAACGUCAGUUUUAAGAGACGGUCCGUGGAUGUGGUCAACACACGUCACUCACUCCACAGGAGCCUUUAACGUGCCUCUACCCAGUUUACUGGAAGUUAUCGGCUGAGUUUGUCACACACUGUUCGUCACAAUGGCUGAGACCAUAGUAACGUUUCAGUCCCAGCUGUCCGGUGUGAUGGAGACCGUGUUCAAGGCUGCCAUGUACGAGAUCACCCGGCUGGUGGAGGACAGCUUCCUGGAGGAGGUGACCCGGAGCAGGGAGCAGGUGGAGUCCCUGAAGAGGAGACUCCGGUGGUCCGAGAGUCGUCGCAAGGAGAGAGAGGGGGACCGGAGAGGGAGGUGUGAGGACUGCGGGAGAGUCGAGGGGAGACCCAGAGCUACAGAGAAAGGUUUGAAACAAGAGAGUAUGCUGCAAGAAGAGAUAAAUUGCUCCCAGGGCGCUGAUGUAGCAACACAAGACCAUGACGUGGAAGACACAAAACCAGGGAACCACUGCGCUAUGAGUGCAACACAGUCUCCAGAUGUACAAGGUGAAAAGUUGGAAAGACUGCUAAAGGAGGAAGCCCUUCACAUGCCGCCAGAAACCAACGAGUCCCAAGAGAGAUGGGGAGUCAAUCUGGAUGAAACAGAUACAUCAGGUUUGCCAGGGCCAAGUAAACGCUUCAGUGACCAGAAGAUCCCAAAGUGUCAUGUGACCUGGGAGGCUGGCUUUGACCAGAGGCCAGACUCUGGCCAACAUGGACACUCGGGCGACCCGUCCGGACCACUUUUCCCAAACAGGUAUGACAUGGAAGACUUGGCUGGCUUUGACAAGACGGGCUAUGGCGAUGCCAGCAUGAUUGAAAUGGGCAACAUAGAUGGGUUACAAGUAUCACCAUCCCAUCUAGGUAAGGAUCUGAAUUACAUGGGGCACUAUGAGGGGAAUGUGGAAGCACCCGAUAACAAUGAGCAUCAAGCGUACCAAACAGGAGUCCCACGGAACAAAAGGAUCAGUUCACCUGCAGGCUCACCCUCAAGGACUAACAUUAAUGUAGGUGGAGGAUUCAGCUGUUUAUUAAUUAAUGAGGAAGGAUAUCUACAGGAACCGGGUAUCUUGUACCCUGACCAUGUGUCAGGGGAUUCAGGUGGCAGAUUCCGAACUGACCCCACUUUAGACAGCACAGAGGAUAUGUAUGGGGCCUCAGAUUCAUACAGGGACACCUUAAACCUGGGAGAGAGGCUGCAGCAUCAGGCAGCAGUGCGAGGAGUGAGGAGACACGUUUGUAACCUGUGCUCCAUGUCAUUCCCUGAUUCUGCCUCUCUCAAAGCUCACAAGCAGACACAUAAAGGCACAGGACCAGGGCCACCAUACUCCUGCACCCAAUGCGGAAAGACUUUCACUCAAGCCUGUAACCUCAAAGUCCACCAGAGGAUUCAUGCUGGUCAGGGGCUCCACCUCUGCAGCCAUUGUGGAAAAGGUUUCCCUUCUUUCUCCGAACUAAAGACACAUAAAUGUGGCCAAACAGGCGACAAACCGUACUGCUGCACUGUGUGUGGAAACAAGUUCAGUCGACUCUGGAAUCUGAAGCUGCACCGGAGAAUUCACACACAGGAAAAACCUCACCGGUGCACCAUGUGUGAUAAGAGCUUCACACGGGCGGAUAUAUUGAAGGUUCACCAUCGCACCCACACGGGGGAAAGACCAUACUGCUGCGCUGUGUGCGGCCUCAGCUUCAAACGCCUCGACCAUCUGAAGUCACAUCAGCGCAAACACAUGUCAGACUUAUGAAACAAUGGGCGUUUGGGGGAGAGAGCAUCAGAUGAUUUAAGAGUUUCUUUUGUAAGUCAUGGUUGUUUUUCAUGAACAUAGCAAAAACUCAGUCGUAUUUUCUGUUGGGAUGUUCUUCUCGAGAAAAACAUAAACUAAAUUAACAUCCAAUACUUAUUUUUUUGCUGUAUAUUUUGUUAAAGAAAAAAAUACAUAAGACUGAGGAAAAUCCUCCUUGUUACUCCUUUACAGAUUGAAUAGGAAUUUAAUUACAUUUUUCCCUCAUUCCUUUAUCCUGGGUUCGUUUUCUCUGUCUGUAAAUGUUUUCUGUAAAUAAAAUCAAUGUGGCCGAAUACAUAAUCUCAUUUCUAUCA